GGCAGAGUCAGUGUGAGAGAGAUGUCGCAAGAGAGGCCGAACAACAGGCGAAUAAAAUCUCAGAGAAACUGUAUCAAAUGUUGUAAGAGUGGGUUGAGACUUUUUAAGACAAGAUGGCCCUGCACAAUAAAUUUAUAUGAGGAGGUCUAGUGUCCUGAAUUGAAGAAUACUCAUAGAUUGUAUAUCAAAGAACUUGCUCGAGUAUCUGAUUUUGCAAAAGGGAGUAUCCUUCAUAGUCUUCCAUUAUGAGGAUCCUUCAGUUUUUAUUUCUUCACCUCCUUCUGUUUUGCUACAUGUGCCUUUGCAGCAACGUGUUGGCGGUGUAUUGUUUUUGUGUUGAAGAUCAACAAUCACUGUUGCUGCAACUGAAGAACAACGAAUUCAGGUUCAAAGCUUCAUGGUCUACUAAACUGGUAAGCUGGAAUCAAAGCAUUCCUCACUGUGAUUGGAAUGGUGUGACUUGUAAUAAGGAGGGGCAUGUUAUUGGUCUAUACUUGUACUUGGAAUCCAUAGAUGGAGAAUUGCACAAUUCAAGUGCUCUUUUUUGUCUCCAACAUCUUCAAAACUUGGAUUUGAGUUAUAAUAAUUUCAAUUCUUCCAUUCCUCCUGCGAUCAGAAGUUUGAAGAACUUGGUUUCUCUGAAUUUGUCACAAAAUGCUUUUGAAGGGCAAAUACCAAUGGAGAUUUCUCAGUUAAAAAAUCUGCAACAAAUUUCAUGGGGACAUUCCUCAUUCCUUAUGCAAUAUUCCACAUAUGAUUGGACUUGA